UUUUUUUUCUCAUUAUCUUUUUUUUCAAUUUUUUUUGUUUACUAUCUGGACAUUUAUAUAUGUCUUCACCUUUACUAAUAGCAACUAUCGCCCUACAGGGUGCAGCUGCAGGUGUUUCAGGUGAACUAGCUGUACGUAGUCUAUUUCGGAAGCAAGAUAAACUAGUUCAAGUACGAGUAGGCAAACUUAUACUAGGUGCUUUUAUGGCAUUAAAAUCUAUUCUAUUUUUGACGUUUCAUGAUAAUCAAAGUGAGACUUGCAGUGGUGCUGGAAAAGUAGCUGAUUUAUUUUAUCAUAUUGCAAUGACAGCAGGCAAUUAUGUUUUACUAUGUCGAGUGCAGUCAGUAGUGCCUCUUGAAUGGAGAAAGAGAACUCAAAUAUUACAUACGAUUUUGACAGUUUUGCGAUUUAUAGUCGGUAUUGUAGAUGUUGUACUCAUUAAAAUCAACAUUUACUCUAAUGGAGCUUGUGAUUAUGAAGAUCAAGAAUUUUGGGGACCUGUUUAUACACUUUAUGACACGGUGCUCGAUAUUUAUGUGACGAUCAGUAUUUCUGGCAUUUUGAUCAACCAUAUUCGCACACUGAAAGCGGAUAGAAUGAGAGUUAACAAAUUAUUGUAUACAUCGGUUAUUUACCAUAAUAUAUUUCGAUCUGUUGGUAUCACUAUUACUAGCUUGAUAUCUACUAUCUUUAUUAUCAUGAAAAAUCAAGAGGAAAUUAUAAUGUUGAUAUGGCCAAUCAUUGACACCUUCCUUGUCAUUUUAGUCGGAUAUGACUCAGAUCUUACUAGAGCCAUCCGCAAACUUCAAAGCAGGCGCUGGCGCUCUGCUUCCAACAUGACAAGUACAGUAGAUCUAAAUGCGCUGCCUCCUUUUCGACCUAGCACGAAACCGGCACUUUCUCAGCGACAUUCUGAUUUAGAAAUAGUACCACAAUAUUACAACACCGAUAUUGAAGCACAAGCAAGGCAAGCAGACUCGAUCAGCAUGGAAAUACGCAAAUUGAAUGGACCAAAUGAAUUGGUUCAAAAACUUUCGGACAAAGUAGCAGGGUUUACAAAUACAAUUACUGAUAAUAACAGCCCAACUUCCUUUCUUGUAGCAGGCACUACUUCUCAUGACACCGACAAGACUCGAGUUUAGUCUUUAUACCCUCUUUUUUAAAUGCAUAAAAAAUAAAUACAUGUAUCAUUUGUAUUUCAUUGGACAGAAAAA